AAAAUAACAGGUUCUCUGAGCAAACGUAUAAUCUUUAUUCUAUUUUGUGCUCUCUGUAGUUAAAUCCAUAUUCCAUAGUCUAUAGUCUAUGUAAUGAUCCUGUAUUGAUAAUCAAAUAUUGUUUAAGACUUUUAAAAUACUUAAUUUAAUACACAAAUUGUAUUUAACUCAUAGUCAUAUUUUUUUUUCAUACAAAUUUGUUAACUUGUGAUAAUUUUAUUUAUUCUUUCAAUCAUGAUUCAUAGUUUAUUUAUUAUAAAUUCUGCUUGCGAUGUUUUUAUAGAAAAACACUGGAAAAGUAUUAUUUCGCGAUCAGUUUGUGAUUACUUUUUUGAUCAGCAUCGAAAAGCUAUCAAUCCAGAAGACAUUCCCCCAGUUAUAGCUACACCACAUCAUUAUUUGAUUAGUAUCUAUCGAUGUGGUCUGUAUUUUGUAGCUGUUUGUAUGACAGAAGUUCCACCAUUAUUUGUCAUAGAAUUCUUACAUAGAGUAGUUGAUACGUUUGAGGAUUACUUUUCAGAAUGUUCUGAAAAUGUUGUUAAAGACAAUUAUGUUGUUGUUUAUGAACUUUUAGAUGAAAUGUUAGACAAUGGCUUUCCAUUAGCUACUGAGUCAAAUAUUCUAAAAGAGCUUAUUAAACCUCCUAACAUUCUUCGAACAAUUGCCAAUUCUGUCACUGGAAAAUCUAAUGUAAGUGCAACAUUACCCAGUGGUCAAUUAUCUAACGUUCCAUGGAGAAGAUCAGGUGUAAAAUAUACUAAUAAUGAAGCUUACUUUGAUGUAAUAGAAGAAGUAGAUGCCAUUAUUGAUAAAGGUGGUUCCACUGUAUUUGCUGAAAUUCAAGGAUAUAUUGAUUGCAGCAUAAAACUUACUGGAAUGCCUGAUCUUUCAUUAUCAUUCAUGAACCCUCGACUUUUUGAUGAUGUGAGCUUCCAUCCUUGUGUCCGAUUCAAAAGAUGGGAGUCUGAAAGAAUUUUAUCAUUUAUACCUCCGGAUGGUAAUUUCCGAUUAAUGUCAUAUCAUAUUGGUUCACAAGGAAUAGUUGCUAUUCCAAUUUAUAUACGACAUAUGCUUGCGUUAAAGGAAACAACUACGGGUAGUGGUCGCCUUGAUAUAACUGUUGGGCCAAAACAAACACUUGGAAGAACAAUCGAAAAUGUUAUCAUAGAGGUACCUCUGCCUAAAAGUGUGUUAAACUGUACACUUAUUCCUAACCAGGGUAAACAUUCAUUUGAUCCUGUUUCUAAAGUUUUGACUUGGGAGGUUGGGCGAAUAGAAACUGCUAAACUUCCAAAUAUAAAAGGAACUAUUAGUCUGCCUGUAAGCACAGUUGUUACAGAUUCAAACCCUGUUAUUAAUGUGAAAUUUACUAUCAAUCAAUUAGCAUUAUCUGGACUAAAGGUUAACCGUCUCGAUAUGUAUGGUGAAAAAUAUAAACCAUUUAAAGGUGUAAAAUAUAUUACAAAAGCUGGAAAAUUUCAAGUGAGGAUGUAAUAUUUACAUUAAUCUAACAAAUUAUAAUUAAUAUAUAUAAAAUAAAAAUUAUUAUAUAAACAUUUUUUAUAUUUAAAAAUUAAAUAUUUACAAAUAAUAUUAUUUUGUCAUUCAUAAUCUGUAUAAUAUUAAUAUUAUAAAAUCCACAAUUUAAUAUUAUUAAAUCUUAGUUAUAUUAUUGAUAUAUUUUUACUUUAAACUGUUAAAUAUUAUGAAUAUUGAUUUUUUUGUUAUUUAUAUCUAAUUAGUAAAUAGAAAACUAUCAAAAAUCCACAGUAAUAUUAAGAAAAAAUGUAAUCUGUAUCAUUAAUUUAUUUUGUUUAAUAAAUUAUUUUUAAAAAAUAUAUAAUUUUUCCUUAUUUAAGCAAAUGUAAAUUUAAAUUAUAUAAUUUCAUUUAAUUAAGCCAUAGUGAUUAUUAGGACUCAGAUUUAUAUGUAUAUAAAUAUUUUCACUGUGACUUGAUAAAUUAAUUUAGGUGAGUGAUAAAUUCGUUUCAAUGGAUUUCCAAUGAAAUUAACUAUAUUUUAUUUUACAUAUUUUUACAUAUUUCUCAAUAAUUUCAUUUUUUCCUACAUAUUUCGAUAAUUUGUUCAUUUACGAUUUUUUAAUAAUUAUUAAUUAUAUGCGACUGUAUUUUUCAAUACAGACAAUUUCCCAUGUUUCCAAAAGUACAAAAUAGUAUAACAAAAUAAUACCAAUUAUUGAACUUAAUCUACGGUAGAUAUAACUUACUCCUUCAGACAUAGUCAAAAUGCAAUACUGUCCAAUAACAUAUUAACAUCAGUGGAAGCCGAAAGAUCAUUUAGUCGGUAUAAGAUAAUUUGACGACCAAAUCGAAGAUCUUUUGAAUUUCAAAAUUUCAAAAUGGCUGUUAUCAUAAAUUGUAAUCAAGAUAAUUAAAAUUUUUAUUUUUUUUUACCUUUUUUUAUUUAUAUUUUAUAAUUUGUAACACCUUUAUUUUAAUAAUUUUACUAUUUAAAAUAUAAUUUAUUUCAUUAGAAACUCAUAUGGAUAUAUUAUAUAAUUAAAUAUUAAUAAAUAAAUCAUAUUAGAAAAAUACAUAUUUUGAGUUUUUUAGCACAUAUUUAUGUACAUAUUUUGCUAACAUAAUAUUUUGGUUUCAUAAAUACAUAUAAAUCCGAGUCCUAGUGAUUAUGAUUAUGAUUACUUUUCGUAUGCAUAUUAAUUACUUUGAAAGAGCUAAUAUUUUCUCAUUGAAAUGUUUAAGGGGCCCUCGUACAAUAUUGUUUAAAUAAAUUACACUAAAAAAAAAAUAAUAAUAAAGAAUUAACUUUUGUUUUCAUCUUUAUCUAUAAUAAUUAUAAUGUGUAAAGUUGGAGCAUGUAAUAUAAUAUGCCUUAAGCA